AUGUCGGCCCUCACUCCCAAGCCUGGAAACGAUAUUCUCCUCGAUGUUUCCACCCCGUUGUCUACCGAAACCAAACCACCGUCAAUGGCUAGCUGGCCCAUCACUCCGGCCAGCAGUGCCGCUUCUUCAUCGACAACCCCCGAAGUUUCGCCGGAAUCGCGUGGCAACUCAGCGAAACAGAGAAUCGAAAAGGUGCGCCGGGCCCGCAUCAAGAAAGCGACGACCGAGUUGCGCGACCUUCUUCUCUCUAAGGAGCUAGCAAACACCAAGCUCGAGUCCUGUGACAUCUACGAAGAGGCCGUAAAAUGCAUCAAGAAGCUGCGUGCAGGGAAGAAGGAGAAAAAGGAUCAAAACAAGGAGGCGCAGGAGGCGGAAGAGAUGAAAGUGAAGCUGUACCAGGCGUACAUGCAGGGAUGUGUCGAUACGGCAAAUAACUACUCGAAUUGGCUGGCAGCUGCUGUUGCCUCUUUUCCAGUGAUGCAGCUCAAUGGAAUGAACCCAGAGUUCAUCUUCGGAAUGUCGCAAGUCCCUGCAGCGACAUCAGCCGAUGCUUUGUACGACAGGCUUCGCCAGAUGCCAUCAGUGGUCAUCAACCCACAUCAGCCCCAACAGCCAAGUACGACAAGCCAACAG